AUGGCUCAAGAAGCCAAAGAACAAUUUGCACGAGGUAUAGAAAGCGAGGCCUUUAACCGUCUUGAAGAUAUCGCAAAGACUAUUAAUGUGUUGAAAGACUUUAAAACAAAUAUUGAACAACUGAAUUUAAGGCAUUCCAUGGCUACGCCCCAUACUACGCCACAAGCAUCUCCAUCAACGUCAGUAUCUACACAGCCUAUUGUACCACACCAAAAAACAAAUAAGAGAGCUGUGACUGUAAAAUAUGAAAAACCUAGGAAAGCGAUAAAAUCGAAUGUUGAAGAUACUCCUACUAUAACAAGCGAAGUGUAUUCUGUUAAUGUUCGCGAUUUAGCUAGCACUGGUGAUCAUUUUGCUCCGCCAUCUCCCAUUUUUGCUCCACAGGGUGUUGUACUUCAAAAUACGACACGCACGCAUACACAUGCACCGUUAGAUCCCAUGCUUUUGAAAAAUCUUGAUGAUAUAUUCAUAAGCUUUUUACAAACCAUUUGUUCUAAUCUGGACGCUACUGAUUCAAAGGGUGAACAGAUUCAUCAGACUUUAAUGGCAAAAAAGAUGCAAAAGUUGGAUGAGUCUCCUGACUUUCGUCCAUUCAAAUUUCGAAUUCAAGCAUUCACUAAUGCCUUUCAUGAAGAAUUACUUCGUCAUGGAUUUAACGAAGAUAUGUUACCAUUAAGAAAAGAUGGUAAAAAGGCCAAAUCCAAGGGUAAUCAUGUAUGGAAUAUAGAAGCCAAAAAAACACCUACUGGUGGGUGGAUAUUUCGCGAGUUUACUCGCAAAAUAGCUGGAAUUCCUGACAAGAUUGCUUACGUUGGAACAAAAUAUACUUAUGCUCCUCGAGUUUGGGAUCCGCAAGUUAACGUUAAAUCUAUAAAAGCUGUAUUUCACUCACCAUGGCUACCAGAAUGGCUUCGUUGGGAAAAUAAUAUUUUGACAGGUACUCCAGAUAUGAAUUCAGAGACGUGUGAAAUUACAGCAAUUGCCAAUUAUUAUCACGGUGAUACCGUUUAUAAGCUUGAAAAAUCUUUCGUCAUUACUGUGGCACAUAUUGAUCAAUCUGAACACGAUUUGAAUCUUAAUUCUGUAGCUUCUUUCCAUGCAACGAGUUUGUUCCUUCAAAAGUCUGGAACACCACCUCCAGCGGAAGGCUUUAUGUCUGGUGUUUCCCAGUCUAGCUUUAUAAAAAGUACACAAGAAACAGCUCUGAAAAAUCCUGAAUUUGAUAUUGGAGUCGUAAAUGGAGAGACAAGAAAAAUGAAUUUGUUCCAAGCAAUAAAUGAUGCCAUGAGCAUUGCAUUGGCAACUGAUGAGACAGCAGGCAACGUGUAUAAUCAUUAUCUUUAUGUUAUCUUUGGUGAAGAUGUGGCUUUCGGUGGAGUAUUCCGCUGCACUUUAGGGUUAGCCGAAACAUUUGGUAGACAUCGUGUGUUCAAUACACCAUUGUCCGAGCAAGGUAUUGCCGGUUUUGGUAUAGGAAUGGCGGCAAUGGGUCAUACAGCUAUUGCUGAAAUUCAAUUCGCAGAUUAUAUAUUUCCGGCUUUUGAUCAGCUUGUCAACGAAGCUAGCAAAUAUAGAUACCGUUCGGGUGGUUUAUUCAAUGUUGGUGGUUUGACUGUUCGAUCACCUUGUUCGGCUGUGGGUCACGGUGGACAUUAUCAUUCGCAAUCACCAGAGGCAUAUUUUACUCACACACCUGGGCUGAAGUUUGGUAAGUUGACAGGCCUAUUAAAGGUUUACGCAAUUACGGGUUUGCAAGGGUUAUACCUUAAAGGUAGAAUUGCACCUAAAAAAUUUCAUGGUGGUCUCUCAGUGAUUAUGCCUAGAAGUCCAAUACAAGCUAAAGGUCUUUUAUUAGCAUCAAUAAGAGAUCGAAAUCCCGUAAUAUUUUUGGAACCGAAAAUUUUAUAUCGUGCUGCUAUUGAACAAGUUCCAGUAGUUGAUUAUGAACUUCCUUUAGGUAAAGCCGAGAUACUCAAAUCUGGCAAAGAUGUAACUGUGGUAGGAUACGGAUCCAUAAUUUAUAUUCUAGAAAAUUCCAUUCGAUUGGCGGAGAAAAACUUUCCUGGCCUAUCAUGUGAACUCAUAGAUUUAAGAUCUCUGUUACCUUGGGAUGUUGAUACCGUUGCAAAAUCUGUGAAUAAAACUGGAAGGUUGGUUAUUGCUCAUGAGGCACCUCAAACUUCUGGUUUUGCAGCUGAAGUUGCAACAAGUAUAAUGGAAAGAUGUUUUUUAAGACUUGAAGCACCAAUCCAGAGAGUUUGUGGAUGGGACACUCCGUUUCCAUUAAUAUUCGAAAAAUUUUAUGUUCCGGACACGAUUAGAUGUUACGAUGCCAUUAAAGAAAUUAUAGAAUAUUGA